UUGAACAGCUGAUGCUUAUCAGCGCAACGUGCAUAGUGAGAUAAGCGAAACAAAAUUUAAUGAAACAGGCACCGGUUAAGAAAGUUUUAUUCUAUUAUAAAUACGACCUCUACAAUAAUAAUUUGUUUGCCCAAGUUCUAUUUAUAAAAUUGCUUGUCGCAAAUGCAAUAAUAAUAAUAUAAUAUAAUAUUACAAUAUUAAUACAAUAUAAUGACGAAUUAUGAAUACACAUGCAGUUGUGAAUUAAAAAGCCAUAUUUACCUGGAUAUUUUGGAAACGACAAAACUAGACAAAGCCUUGGACCAAUUGAUUGAUUCAGCGUGGGACGACGAUGACGAGGAAAGCGACGAGUUGCUGGUCUCCUUCAUCAGUACAGCUAAAAAAGAAACCACAUUUAUAUCCAAGGAAAACCUGGUUGAUGUCCUAAAUUCCAGUCAGCAUCAAAAGAUAAACGGCUCAGCAAAUAUAAUUUUAACCGAUUUAAACAAAAAUGAGUCGUGUAAUUGUCGAGCAGUUUCCCGUCGAUUAUCCGUUUUGCUGAGUUGGGGUCUCGCUGAACUAAAAUUUAGCGAUGUUCCUAACGAACAACGAUUACUAGAGGUACUGGGGCAUAUACAACCCUUUGCCAAAUCAUUCAGUACUGACAACAGUUUGAAAGGCUUUCUGCAGCAAAUCUGGAAUUACGCCAUCGAAACAGGGAAAUCGAGUAUCGUUUCAAAAUUAGUUACGAUAGAGCCUAGUAAGAUUGAUCAGUUGAUCGAAAACUUACUGAAUAUCGAUUCGAUGGAUUUUGAUUUUCUAUCUGAGAAUACAGACUUCAAAAUAUUGGCAUCGAUCGUUUGCGUACCGGAAGUAUUCAGACGGGUUAGUUUAUGUUUAGCGGAAAAACAAAUGAAUUCGUCCAGUGACAAGAUUCAGACGUUGGUGAAUGUUAUCUUAAAAACUGUAAAAGCGGCUUUACCUAAACGUCAAUAUUUAAAUUUAUACUCUCCUAAACUCAGUACAAUCGCCGCUAUUUUAAACGAGGCUAUUAAUCCGGAUGAUCCACUCGUAUUAAGUUUGCUAACCGAAGUUAAAAAUUCAUGUUAUGUUGAUUUUGUUGUUUUAGUAACUCACUUUUCCUUAUUUAUAAAUUUGAAAUAA